AUGGGCGUCGACCUCGGCCGUUUCGUCGACAAGGAGGUUCCCCAGCACUUGCGCUGCCCCGCCUGUCUCGAAGCGGCGUACCCGCCGGUCCUCGUUUGCUGGUCAGAACAUGCGCUCUGCCGCCAGUGUGCAGACCGUUUCGUCGCCAACGAGUCGUACGCUUGCCCGACGUGCAGGCAGCGCAUGGUCUUCCCGCUCAAGCCUUCGCUGUUCAUCAAGCGCGCGAUCGAGGGCUACAAGAUCAAGUGCGAGAACGACGGAUGCUCCUGGACGGGCACCGUCGUCAACGAGGAGCAGCACUCAGACUCGUGUCCGUUCCGCAAGGUCUUUUGCAGACUCUGCGAUUCUCGCUACGUCUUCUCUCAGCGCGACGAACACCUCGACGUUUGCACCGAGAAGACGAUCGAUUGCCCGCAGGGUGGCAAGGAUUGCGGCGGCAGAUCCUCGGGCGGGCGGAAGAAGCGUCGCCUCAUGCAGGAGCACCUCGACAAGGAGUGCGCGCACUGGCAGUGCCGCGCCGUUCCUGACUGCAAGACGAGGACGAUGCGCGCCAACCUCGACGAGCACGAGAAGGGCUGCCGCGCAGCUCACGAGGAGAUCCUCCACCUCAAGCGCACGGUUGAGGAGAACGCCAAGCUUGCCGAACAGCGUGUGCCCGACAAGAUUGUCGAGAUGAUUGACUUCGCGACCUCGACCGACAAGGCGCUUCUCGCAGCUGACGAGCAACAGAUGUUCACGUCGACGUCUUCGAGUCAGGUCGUCUCGACUUACAGGUGGGCCGACAUGUCCGCUGAACUGCCAAAGCGCUUCUUCCGUUCGACGGCGGAGUACGAGGAGGCCAACGACUACUUCGUCAUCGACGUCUAUGGCGACCCUCCGCCUGCUCCCACCUUCCAAAGGCCCCGCAUUCUCGACCGCUCGAAUGAGACGCCUAAGAAGCGCAUGCACCUCUUGUGCGCCGCCGAGACUUGA